AUGGCGAACGACGAAGUGUUGGGGCCGCGUAAGACGAUGUUCGUUCUAGUGAUUGUUGUGGGGUGUUUCGCCGUCCUAUGGCCAAGGAUUCUGUCGCCGCUGAUCCUGGGACACUCCCAGGAACAGCUGAAACCCAACAAGUUCGACCGGGAGGCAGGGUGCUGCGAAGUGAUGUUUGAGAAGGAGGUGGCUGUGUUGGAGCUUAUCAACGAGGUGUGCAGCUCGGUGGUCGGUGUCGGUGGGAAGCUGUCUCCGUAUUCCGCCGCGGAGUGCCGUAGGGCUGUGAACGAGACAUGCGGCGUAGAUAUCGCCGCAUUCCUCAAAAGAAGCGAAAAUGUUGGAAAGACAACGAGGAUGUUGAUUGAAACGAUGAAGAGCACAAACAGUUCAUGCAUAAAGGAACAUUUUGGGGUGCAGCUGACUAGUCUAAACGUUCACCCAGCGCUUAACUCUUGGACACAGCAAGACACGCUGAAACAGGAGCGGUCGCCUAUACGCGGAAUGGGCCCCCACCCGGCGUUAAGGGAGAGGGGCCGCGCCAUCCCGCCAGGGUCCACGCCGCAGCCCCAACAGAAGCCGGCGCCCCUGCCGCCGCACGUCCGGGUACGAACCUCCCCCCUCUCUGUGUACUACCAGCCGGAAGCCAAGCCCCCGCCGAUCCCGGGCAUGCGGCCCCCCCUCGGCUCCCCCGGGGGCCCGGUGCCGGCGCCCAAGUCCUCCAUGGGCUUCGUGAUGCCGAUCUACACCAUCUGCAUCAUAGUGUUCUUCGUCUACACCCUCAGCAAGAUAUUGUUUAAACGCUCAAGCGCACCGUACGAGGGCGUCGCACCAGACCCACAGUUCCGCAGGCGGGUGUUCCGUGACGACUCCAGGGCGACACCGGACAAACUUGGACCAAAAGAAAGGGACGCGAGGGAUGUGGAGCUCGAGGCGCUAAGAGCGAGACUGGCUGAGACUGAACGGGCGAUGCAAAGGAUCGUCGGGCAGCUGGCUCGCCGCGACGCGGUAUCGCCACGUUGCGUGUUGGACCGUACCCGCGUCGGCAAACUUGUCACGGCCAUCUCUGGCCUGGUAGCGGAGGUCCAACAACAGAUGGAGGCGAGCGACGCUCAGUACCAGCAACGUCAGGAGGCGCAGGAUAACGCCCGUCCGUACACCAACGGAACAAUUUUACUCAACAGCGGCCCAGUGCAAAUCAUAGCUAGCGAAUUCCAAGAACCCAAGCAGACAAUUCCAGACGCCAAAGAUGAUGUGCAGAAAGAAUCAACACCAGAACCCCAAACACCGCAAUCUACGGAAACUGUUGAUGAUGUAAAAGUCCCAGAACCAAUUGAAGUUGUAGAAGGAGAAUCUCGUGACGAAAAGUCGCCGGAAGCUGACGCUGAAUUGGUUGAGACGGAAAAGCUAUCAACUGAACUUAUCGACGCUAUAAUAAAUGUCAGGGACGAAACGGGGAUGGAACAGGAAUCUGAAAAUUUGAAACAAAAUGAAUAUGAAUCACAGCGCAGUGGAGAUAACAAAGAUCCCACACCUGAAAUUGGACAAAAUGACAGUUCUGAGUCACCCUUGGAAAAAGCUCCAGAAGUGAACGGUGACAAGCAGAGUCAUGGCAAUCUAGAUAUCAUUGCUUUGUCUGAGGGUUUAGAUUUAGAUGAAGAUAAAACAUUAGCACAAAACAUUGAACAGCUAAUAAAAGAAGAAAGGGGAGAAGACAUACAGAAAGGGAAACAAUCAACGCCGGAACUUUUGGAAGAAGCUCUUCAAGAUGAUUCGAUAAGGGAGGAACAAGAUGACGGUGAAAAUGCCGAUAAAGAAAGCUCUAGCGUUAAAGUUCUGGGUAUGGAGGUGACAGCGCACACUGCAGACGGGGCCGCCUGGCCACGGUCGCAGGCGCCCCUCACUGCACCGCCCCCGCAGCGGCCUACGCACGAAGCGCGAGACGUGAAGUCGAUUUUCCUGGAGACUGAGAUACCUCAACAGUCGCGCGUGCUGGUGGCCGAUUUCGAAGAGAACAGGAGCGAACGCCCCAAGCCAACAAAGAACGCACCCUUGGUUGUGAGCGGCAAAAUGACGCUGUCCCUCAUACAGGACGCGCCACGCGAAACUCCAGAGAGGGAUCCGGAGUCGACGGUCGACGAUUUCACGACAGCUAGCGCCAUGACCCAACCGAAUGCUGAGAAGGAAGAUGACUUAUCAGACGAAGAAAUAGAAGAGGAGAUAGAGAUAGAGGAAAUAGAAGAAGAGAUCGAGGAAGAGGAGGAGGAAGAAGAUGAACCAAAGAAUGCGCCAAAG